AUGGCAGAAAAGAAAGAAAUUCUUUUGAACAAAGUCUUGCCUAAAGCCAUCAAACUGCAUGCAGAUCGUCUUAAAGUGAAACGUCUGGGGGAAAACAAAAAGUCAGCAAGCGAAAAAACGAAUGUAGAUGACUGCCAUAUCUUUGGUGAUCUUUUGGAUAAUCUACAUGAGAUCCCUGAUGUCGACUUUAUGAUUUUUGUCAGUCUCUCAGUCGAUAACAGAGACUUUGCAAUUUGCAGUAAAGAUAACCAAGGGAGACCAACGUCUGCUGUCAUCAAAUUCGACGUGAAAGAGAUAAAAGCAACACGACAGUUUAUUCGCUUGACUGCACAUGAGAUUGCACAUGGCCUUGGAUUUGAAUAUAAGUUUAUGGACAGGCUGGGAAUGAUAAAAACUAAAUACAGCUAUCAACAACCUACAGGAGGAUUGGGCGCUGGAAAACAGCUCUAUAUGGUGGAAUUGAAAAACGCUGUUGACAAACUGAAAGAACACUUAAACUGUGAUAGUGGUGAAAUAGAGGGUUUGUACUUGGAAAAUGAAGCAGAAAGCCCGACACCCUCCCACUGGGAGAGGCGUAUUGCGAAGGAUGAGUUGAUGAGUACGUACAGUAAUAGUAUGGGCGUUACUGGUAUGUACUACACUAAUCUGACACUUGCAGCAUUUCAUUCCAUGCCCUUCUACAGCGCAAAUUUCAGCAUGGCAGAACCGAUGAGUUGGGGGAAACAAUAUAUAUGUGACUUGUUCAAAGGUAUAAAGGAUCUACAACUAACUAACUACCCCGAUAUGUUCUGCAAGGACGAUACGAAGGUGACCCUACAGUGCACCUCUGACCGUUUUGCACUUGGUAUUUGCUCAACGAAGGACAACCGUAAUAAGUUAAGUGGGAGAUACCAAUAUUUUAAGGACGAAGACACAACGAAGGAUGCGAAUGACUUGAUGGAUGGUGUUCCAUUCAUCAGACCCUUGAACGGCACUGCCUGUGAGGGUGGUGAGGAGGAACUGAUGCCUGGCAGCAUUGUGAGCAGUAUGUCACGUUGUCUGAAUUUGGAAACACCGAUAUUGAAGGACAAUAAAGAUGAUGUGAAAGUUCAAGCCGUUUGUGCGAACGUGAAAUGUGAUAAUGAUAACAAGAAGGUGAGUGUACAGCUCAAAGGUCAUGAUAACAAGGAGCUGAACUGGUAUAAGUGCGAAAACGAUGGCGAAUCAAUCCCAUUGGAGGAUUCUUUGUUCAAUAAAGGAAGUGUUAAAUGUCCCAAUUUCAAAGAAGUCUGUACAGGGUUGCCGAAAACUGAACCCACCAAAAUUAAGUUUUACAAUGGCACAAAAAUUACUGAGAGCUACGUUGAUGUGAAAGAUGAUGAUGAAAAUGAAGAACCAGCACAGGCUCAGAACACCGUCCGCACGGCUGGAGCUUCAGCUGUUGCCAAUCAGGGAAGUAGCGCACCCGAUGCACGACCCUCUGCACAACCCGAGGGACAACAACAUCCAAACCCCCAGCAAGAAGUUCAGGAAGUCGAGAAAGAGAUUAAAUCCCAAACGCUUUCGUUGAAACACCCGGAAAGUGAAAAUGCUGAGCACACCGGUUCGUCUUCUGUGACUCCCGGGAGCAACACUGGAAGUGGUGGUAAUAACAAUGAUAACGGCAGCAAUGAAGAUCAGAAUAUGGGGCAAGCACGUGAAAGUGCAUCUACUCGUGUUGAUGUUCCAUCCGGCCAGAGUUUAAGUUCUCCUCCUGCUGCUGCUGGUUCCGCCACUAUUGAUCCUGCAAACACCGUUACACGUGAAAUCUCGCAACAGCCUGCAGAUCAACCAGCUCAAAACAAUGAUAAACAAAAUGAAAACGAAACACCAGCCGAAGCUCAAGACCACCAGCAAGUACCAAACCAAACAGAAAACAAAGUUCAAUCACCAACCGAAGCAAAAGCACAAACGGAUGAUUCCACCGACGUCCAAAAUAAUACUCACGGAGAAGAGUCUACACAAAGAAAUCGCCAUGAUACUGCUACUACUUUUUCAUCGGCAGCUAAUUCCAAUGGCAAUGAAAGCACAAUACAGUCCCCACACAAAGCAAAUAACGGUGUUUUGAAUGGGACAAACUUAACUGAGGACCAAAUAAAAGAAGAAACACUAAAACAUACAAAUGUAACGGGUAUGUUGGGUCCUGACAGCAGCAUCAUGGUGUCCUACAUGGCCCCUCUUGCACUUCUUGUGUGUGUUGUUGGUUUUAUGAUGGUUCCAUGA